AUGACAGAGCCAGGAUCUUCUCGAUCUAGACCAAAAGGAGCCUAUGAUGUCUUUCUGAGUUUUAGAGGAAAAGAUACUCGCAAGAAUUUUACAGAUCAUCUAUAUACUGCCUUACUCCAGGCAGGAAUCUACACUUUUCGAGAUGAUAAUGAACUUCCUAGGGGAGACGAAAUCUCCAAACAUCUCCUCAAGGCAAUUCAAGAAUCAAAGAUAUCGAUAGUUGUCUUCUCAAAAGGCUAUGCCUCUUCUAGAUGGUGUCUUAACGAACUUGUAGAGAUUCUUGAGUGCAAAAAAAGGAAUACUGAUCAGAUUCUUCUUCCUAUAUUUUAUGACAUUGAUCCUUCAGAUGUUCGAAAACAGACAGGCAGUUUUGCAAAAGCAUUUGAUAAACAUGAAGAACGAUUUAAAGAGAAGGAAAAGCAGUGGAGAGAAGCUCUUGAGCUGGCCGGAAAUCUAUCUGGAUGGAAUCUCAAUGAUAUGGCAGAUGGUAAUGGAGGCAUACCAGACUGGUUGAGCUACCGGGGAGAAGAAUGUUCAUUAUCGUUUCAUUUACCUCCAUUUUUCCAAGGGUUGGCUUUGUGGAUUGUCUUUGAUACUCCGGUCACUGCUCGUUUCGCAUAUGAGUUGGCAAUGGAAGAAUAUUGUGGAGAGGAAUUGGAGCUGUAUCUGGAAUUAUGGGACGAGGAAGACAUACUUUGUAUUAAAAUCAAAGAAAUUGGGGUCCACGUGAUAGCAGAGAAGUUAGAUUCAUUUGAAGAGUCCUCAGAGUGGAAGUGGGAUCAUGACAUUGACAAGCUGCAAGGAACAACAUCUUGUGGUGACGCUGAAGAGGGGGAUGAGAAUGACAGCCAAAGUGGAAGAGAUAUAGUGAUACCUAAACUAUAUCAUCAUCUUCAUCAUCCGCUUUUGGGUUCAAUUGCAUUCUCUACUGAGGAGCAGUGGAUAAGUCAUUUGCUAAAGGAGUUGCCAGCGUGGGAACUCUACUUUGUACAUGAAGGUGGGAUUGUCAAAAUUGUUUGGGUACCACCAGAAUAUGAUGAUGCAGUGGCUUUAUUUGUGGAGAUGGGAGUUUGUCCUUGUGGGAGGAGAUUGUUGAAGAUGGACAGCCUCUGCAAUGGAAGCUUUGUUAGAGUUUUCAAAGCAAAGGAAGUCGUGGCAUUUUCAUUUGGUCGUGUGAAAGUCUAUGAGCUUUUGGAUCCCUUGGAGUUGAAGAAUUGGCAGCAUCAGCCGGCUGAAUUUCAGAAUGUGAUUGAUUCUACAUUUAGGAAGGCUUCAUGCUUUUCUGCAUCUAUUUCUUGGAAUCCGCAAUGGAGGGUCAAUAUUCCAAGGGUAACUGAGAAAUUUGAUACAGUACAGCUAAAGAUUGCGAGUUGA